ACUGGUCGUAUUUACCCAUUCUGUAAAUGACCGGUUUUGUAACGAGUCGUUAAAGAAAUGAAGAAAAUCAUUGUCUGUAACUGAAACAUGAUAGGUUUUGUCAGUUUUACCGCUAUUUAAAGUAGAUUACUUACUUUAACCUAUAUUAUUGUUAAAAAGCAAAGAAUCGGCAAUUUAUUACCGUUUAAUUUUCCGCCCCAUAUGUGUUACUUAACAUGUUACAUCAUUCUCUUUUUAACUGAAGACUCAAUUUAAAUUAAGUUUUUUAUAAUUAUUUUUCUUCUACGUGAUAGUGGAAAGUAUCAGCCAGUAGUGUUGUUCAAUACUCAGUAGAUACAAUGGCAAAAGAUCAAGCAAGCAAGCGAUUUUACCGUGUGGAUAGUAAUUAUGAUUUUACCGCAUUUAUGGAUCGAGGCCAAACAGCCGCAUGCGAAAAUAGAUGGGUAUUCGAGUCAGCUUGGGAAGUCUGCAACAAAGUGGGUGGUAUAUAUACAGUAAUCAGAUCAAAAGCUUUUGUUUCAACUGAAGAAAUGGGAGAUCAAUAUUGUUUAUUAGGACCUUAUAAAGAGAAUUAUGCAAGAACAGCAGUCGAAGAAUUGGAAUUUGAAGAAGGCACACCAUACCAUACUGCAGUAACAAAAAUGAGAGAUUUAGGUUUUAAGUUAGUUACAGGCCGCUGGUUAGUUGAUGGUAGUCCUCAAGUUAUAUUAUUUGAUGUAGGAUCAGCUGCAUGGAAAUUAGACGAGUAUAAACAAACACUUUGGGACUCAUGCAACAUUGGUAUACCACAUUUAGACAUUGAAGCAAAUGAUGCAGUAAUAUUAGGGUACCAGAUAGCACAAUUUAUUUCUGAAUUUCGAGCAGCUGCAGCAGUAUAUGUUGAGUCUACUCCUUUAAUUGUUGCUCAUUUUCAUGAAUGGCAAGCUGGAGUUGGUCUCAUAGCUCUACGUAUUAAAAAAGAACAAAUUGCUACUGUAUUUACAACUCAUGCUACAUUGCUUGGUCGUUAUUUAUGUGCUGGUAAUACAGAUUUCUAUAACAAUUUAGAAAAAUUUAAUCUUGAUGAAGAAGCUGGUAAAAGACAGAUUUAUCACAGGUAUUGUAUGGAAAGAGCAGCAGCUCAUAUUGCUCACGUUUUCACUACAGUAUCAGAUAUAACUGGCAAAGAAUCAAAAUACCUAUUGUCUCGCGAGCCUGAAAUAAUCACUCCUAAUGGUCUCAACAUAGUUAAAUUUUCUGCUUUACAUGAAUUUCAAAAUCUCCAUUCGAUGUCUAAAGAAAGGAUUCAUGAUUUUGUUCGUGGACACUUUCAUGGCCAUUAUAAUUUUGACCUUGAAAAAACUCUCUACUUUUUCACUGCUGGACGAUACGAGUUUUCCAACAAAGGUGCUGACAUAUUCAUUGAAGCUUUGGCACGUUUAAAUCAUUAUUUAAAAAGUGCCAACUCUGACGUGACUGUUGUAGCUUUUUUAAUUUUUCCUGCUAGAACAGAAAACUUUAAUGUAGAAAGUUUACGUGGACAUGCAGUAACUAAAAGUUUGCGUGACACUAUUUUAGAAAUACAAACAAAAAUUGGACGAAGAAUUUAUGAGACGUGCUUAAGAGGUCGAAUGCCUAAUGAAGAUGAGCUUUUAACAAAAGAAGAUACAGUACGGUUAAAACGAUGUUUAUAUGCUCUACAGAGAAAUGGAUUGCCUCCAGUAACUACACACAAUGUUGUAAAUGAUUGGAGUGAUCCAGUAUUAAAUACGAUAAGGAGGUGUCAAUUAUUUAAUACUACUGCAGAUAAAGUCAAAAUUGUGUUUCAUCCUGAGUUUUUAUCCACUACAAAUCCUUUGUUUGGGUUAGAUUAUGAAGAGUUUGUGAGGGGAUGCCACUUGGGUGUUUUUCCUAGUUAUUAUGAACCAUGGGGCUACACACCUGCUGAAUGUACUGUCAUGGGUAUUCCAUCUAUAACAACUAAUCUGUCAGGAUUUGGAUGUUUUAUGGGUCAACAUAUUGCUGAUCCUAUGAGUUAUGGUAUUUACAUUGUGGACAGACAAAAUUGUGGUGUAGAAGAUUCAGUUAGACAGCUUGCACAAUAUAUGUAUGAUUUUGCACGUUUGAGUAGAAGGCAACGAGUUAUUCAGCGAAAUAGAACAGAAAGACUCAGUGAUUUGUUAGAUUGGCGUAAUUUGGGUAUUUAUUAUCGUCAAGCCAGAUUAAAAGCCUUAUGCCAAGUAUUUCCAGAUAUGUUUGAUGAAGAAACUGAAAUGUUAUGUAUUACUGAUGCGUCAAGGCGUCGAUAUAAUUAUCCACGUCCAUACUCUGAACCUCCAUCUCCAAUGAGUAGUCGACCUACUACUCCAGCUGCAUCAAUACAUGACUCAGAUGAUGAAGAACGAGAAUUAGCAGAACUUUCUAAGCAAAAAAAUUAUUAAAUCAUCAACCUUCAAACAAGUCUUUUUUCAAUUUUAUGUUUUUAGUACUGUCAAUUAUAGUACUUAUUUAUUGUUAAUUUUAUUAUUACAUCUUGUAUGUGCAACGUGCAAUUUUUCUUAGUUUAAUAACGAAAUAAAUUUUGUUUUUUAU